UUCUGGGAAGUUAUCUCCGACGAGCACGGUAUCGACCCUACUGGUACCUAUCAUGGUGACUCUGACCUCCAGCUGGAGCGCAUUAAUGUGUACUACAACGAAGCCACCGGUGGACGAUAUGUUCCUCGUGCUGUACUGAUGGAUCUUGAGCCUGGCACUAUGGACUCGGUUCGCGCUGGUCCGUUCGGCCAGCUCUUCCGCCCCGAUAACUUCGUGUUCGGACAGAGUGGAGCCGGCAACAACUGGGCUAAGGGUCACUACACGGAGGGUGCUGAAUUAAUUGAUUCCGUCCUUGAUGUCGUCCGUAAGGAGGCUGAAGGUUGCGAUUGCUUGCAGGGUUUCCAAAUCUGCCAUUCUAUGGGUGGUGGUACCGGAUCUGGUAUGGGAACUCUCUUGAUCUCCAAGAUUCGUGAAGAGUACCCUGAUCGGAUCAUGGAGACAUUCUCCGUGUUCCCCUCCCCUAAAGUGUCCGACACUGUCGUGGAGCCUUACAAUGCUACCUUGUCAGUACAUCAGCUUGUUGAGAACGCUGAUGAGGUCAUGGUACUCGACAACGAGGCCCUCUAUGACAUUUGCUUCAGGACUUUGAAACUCACAACGCCUACUUACGGUGACCUCAACCAUUUGGUAUCUGCUGCUAUGUCUGGUGUCACUACUUGCUUGCGAUUCCCCGGUCAGCUCAACGCUGAUCUCCGUAAGCUUGCGGUCAACAUGAUCCCAUUCCCCCGAUUACACUUCUUUAUGACGGGCUUCGCCCCCCUCACCUCUCGCGGCUCUCAGCAAUAUCGCGCCCUGACCGUGCCCGAAUUGACUCAGCAGAUGUUUGAUGCUAAGAACAUGAUGUGUGCAUCCGAUCCUAGACAUGGACGAUAUCUGACAGCAACCGCUCUCUUCCGUGGCCGAAUGUCGACUAAAGAGGUCGACGAGCAAAUGCUGAAUGUCCAGAACAAGAACUCAAGCUACUUUGUCGAGUGGAUCCCCAACAACAUCAAGAGUGGUGUCUGCGAUAUCCCACCCAAGGGUCUUAAGAUGGCUGUGACCUUCUUGG